AUGACGUCGUACAUGGAGGAAACUCAUCUGCCUUUGAUCAAGGAGGUCUUCGAGAUGCAUCCCCCGCAGUCUUACAGGUUGCGCUAUGUAAUACGCGUCAAGACUGGGGCCGGAGACCGACUGGGUGCUGUCACAUCAAGCAGAGCAAAAGCGGAUCCUGAUGCGCCAGUUGUACUUGUCGGGUCUCCUCAGGAUAUGGAUUGGGAUGCAGUAGGAGAGAUGGUGUUUCGGGAUGAGCUGCACAUCCAGCAGUGUCUUUCCGUAAUGAAUGGCCCCGGUGGGCAGCGAAUAAAGGAGGACGAGGAAACUAUUGCGAUACCGGAGAAGACCCGGGUAAUAUUAACGGCUGGGGACAACCUUUUCAUCUGA